GGCACCAGUCUCAGUAAAGAUAGGUCUUCCAUGUGUGGAUAUGUGUGGAACUCGAUAUACUCGCAUACGCACAUGGACUGAUUCCUGAAUAGCUUCCUCGGCUAAGUGACCAGACUGCUGAGAGUUGUUUGUAAUCCGGCCCUCCUCAGGUUUGCACAUGCUGAUGGACCGUGGGGCAGUGAUCCCUUUAGAGCAGGCGCUAGAUAGCAAAGGUUUGGAGCCAUGCCCAGGCCUCUGUGGGAUCUGUGUCCACUAACAGGUGUGAGAAUAAAGGGCAGGAUGACCUGGAUAGUUUCCAUAUUGCAGAGUGGAAUUACACAAAGAAGACUUUUAUGUACUUAAUGCACAUCGUCAACACUGGACAAUGAAUGUGCAAGGUGACGAUACAAAUAUUUAACUUCACAUAAAUAUACAUGGUUAACAUUUAGGUGUGUUCAUAUGUUUCUUUCCCAUAAUUAAAUUAUUUAUUUAGACAUAAAGAGAAACAAAGUCACAAGCUGAUUGGCCAGGACAGCGAAGAGGGUGGAGUUUACAAUAUGACAUCUAAACUGAGGUCAUAUAAAUGCGUUGUGCCAGAUUCUCCUGUGGGGAACAACUGACAACACGACUACAACACGCUACUCAUGGGAGAUUAACUCCAAACAUUGAGGACAAUAUUCCCAUCACUCAGCAUAGGAAUACCAGCAUGGAGAUGUCCAGUACAUCUGUCCUGCCAGUGGUUGGCUUUGGGUCGAUGGCUCGGUCAGCCGGACUGCUGGAGAUUGCUGUCAGGCUGUGCUUGAACCAGCGUAAACAACUGUGUCCUCAUGUCUGGGUUCCCAUCCUGAAACCCCAGCGAUCCUGCAUCCGUCCUCCAGCUUCAGAGCACUUAUCCUCUGACAUCUUGAGCCAAGUCUUUCUGCCCCGUCCUUCCUCACCUUUCCUCGAUGACUUGGACGACGGCGAUGAUGUGUUGUUCCCAAUCAAGAGCAAACGUGUGGUUUUUGCCGACUCGCGGGGAUUGUCUCUAACAGCCGUGCGAGUGUUUUCCGACGAAGAAGAGCAGUCUGACCUCGACGUGCUGCCAUCGCUGCAGUCUUUGGGCAGCAUGACAGAGGAUGGCUACAGCUGCACAGUCAGCACCUGCUGCCCAGGAACACGGCUCAAACUGGGCUUCCCGCAGCCAUCUGCAGAUUUCCAGGCCUUUCGAGCCAAGCUGGCAGAGAGCAUGGUCAUCUUGGAGAACUGCAGUAUCAGCGAGAAGGCCCUCCGGGGUACCGUGAGAGUUAGGAAUGUCAGCUACCAGAAGGAUGUGCGUGUGCGCAUCACCUUUGACUCGUGGCAGAGCUACAGAGACGUGCCCUGCACAUACCUGCAGAAACGCUUCGGAGGACCUCAGACGGACAUCUUUGAAUUUGACAUUACCAUUCCUAAAGUGCUAGAUGCGAAAAGGAAGAUUGAGUUCUGUUUAAGUUAUUUGCCAGGAGGGCACAGCGAGCCUUUUUGGGACAAUAACGAUGGACAAAAUUACAGCAUUACAGUGAGUGUGAACUCACAUCUGUGCCAUGGGAAGAAUCAAAGUGAAAGGGCAUGACUCACUCAACCUAAAAGUGAUCCUGUUUUUUCCCCCUCGUGUAUACUAUAUCAGUCCUGGGUGAAGGUUUAGUGUACAUUUUUGUGUUUUUCUGUGAAAUGUUACUUCUUUGAUUUUUGAUCAUGUUUAGACUGCUUAGUAACAGUUUUAUAUUGUAAAAGUGUCUUUAAAACAG